UUUUAAAAUUGGAGAGUGUUCGGUUCGAAUGUUGUAAAAGUUUAUGACAUUGUUUACUAUUGCACUUGUAAAUCACACCCAAUAGUAUACAAAUAGCACUUUUUCUACGUAUACAGAAUGGCCACGAAGUAUUUAUCGCGGGUUUUGGAACAUCAACGUCUUCAAAAUGUAUACAUUUCUUCAAAAUCUCACUCUUUUAUUUUGACGUUUCUAGGUGUUUCAGGUUUGCUUACGCAAAUACAGCACAUUAACGACCAUCCGUAUGCCUUGCCAUUUUACCCUGUAUAUAACUUGCCAUUUAAUUACGUAAACAUUGAUCGUCACUUAUAUUUAUGUAAGAUUAUGUAAGAUUUGUUGAAAUAUAUGGGGGACCAUUGGUCCAAUCGAGCAGAUUUGCUUAUCACCUUACGCUUGAAAAUGACAGCGUUAUAUCUAUUGCUAGCGUUCGCUCCGAUUUUGCCGAUUUUGUUAGGUGUAGUUUUAAUAAUCGCAAGAUUGAGGACGAAAUGGAAUAAAAGCCCAGUUUGUUUAGCCGGAAAAACGGUGAUAGUUACAGGCGCCAAUAGUGGGAUCGGAUUUUCGACGGCAUUCGAGUUCGCAAUACGAGGCGCAAAGGUGAUUUUGGCUUGCAGAAGUAUCUCCCUAGCGGAGAAAGCCAGGAAGAAAAUUAUGGAGGACACGCAAAAUCCCAACGUAUUUGUAAGGAUAGUGGAUCUCGCCUCGUUCAAAUCUGUUCGGGCGUUUGCUGCAGAAAUAAAUAAUUCCGAGGACCGGUUAGACAUUUUAGUUAAUAACGCCGGCGCUAUAAUGGAAGGUGGAAGGACGGUUGAUGGCCUCAGUAAAAAUUUGCAAGUCAAUAGCUUAGGGCCGUUUCUUCUUACUCUUCUUUUGAUAGAUUUGUUAAAGAGGACAAAUUCUAGCAGAAUUGUAAACGUUGGAUCUGCAACCAUUUACUACGCAACACUGAAUCUCAACGAUUUAAAUUAUUAUUCUCCAUCCAUCUUUGCAAGAGUGGCCGUGUUCAAUUAUGCCAACUCUAAAUUGUGUAGCGUGAUACUUACAAAUGAAUUGGCGAGGAGGCUUAAAAGUAGCGGAGUUACCGUUAACACGGUCGAUCCAGGCUUAGUUUACACUGGAAUUGCGCGGGAAUGGAAUAUCAUAGGGAAAAUUAUGUUCGUAUGCGUUAAACUACUAUUGAGAAGUAGUAAAGAAGGAGCUCAGGGUUCCAUAUACGUGGCAAUUUCGAAAAAUCUUGCCGAUGUAACAGGUAAAGUUUUCAUGAACUCGGUUGAGACUUGGGUGCCGAGUAUUGUCAAUAAUCAAAAGAUCGCCAAAGAGUUAUGGGAAAUUUGUUUAUCGUUUCUACAAGUAACGGACGAGGAGCGCUUAUCUAUAUCGUAUAUUGAAAAGUAAUGUAAAAUGUAAAAUACCUACUCUUUUACAAGUUUAAGUAAUUAGUAACUUUUAUAUGUCGUAGUAAACAAGGACCCAUACGCACAAA